AUGGAUUUCUUAUCACCAGAUAAUGCUUGUGGUUAAAGUCUACUGAUACUGGUUGCAAGAGGAAGUGCAAUUUUAGCUGAAAUUUAGAGACUUUCAGAAAACAUUCCAAAAAUUAUUACUAGCAAAGCUUAGGAAUAUAAAAAAUAUGAGAAAAUUUUAUUUGAUUUUGAAUACUUAAAAAAGAUUGAUAUACUUGAAGAUGAGAUUUAAAGAAACUAAGUAUGAUAAAAUUAAAAUUAGGAUAUAAAUGAAUUGGAUGAAAAUUUUAAGAAAUCAUAUUUACCAUUAGUAGAAAGAUUUUAUAGAUUAUUUGAAAGCAUCUAUUUGUAUUAUUCAGAUUUGAUGGCAUUUAUACAAGAGUUAGAGGAAGCAGUUUUUAUGUAAUAUUCAGUUGAGACUGUAUUGUAAGACUCAGAAGGAAAAAGAUUGUUUGCGGAAUCAUUUUAUUUAUAUGGAUGCAUGUUAUUAUUGAUGGAUAUAUUGAUUCCUGGAAAGGCAAGAGAGAAAUUAAUAAUAUCCUACUAUAGAUAUAAAGGAGGUCAAACAGCAAUUGAAUUUAUAAAUGAAGUCACUAAAUUAUGUGCAGAUACAGGAUAUUCUAAAACAGGAGCACGUCCUCCAUUUUAUCCUGAAGAAUAUAUGGCUAGAUUCUAAUUAUCAGAGAAGUUAAUAACAGAAGUUAUUAAUGCUAUAAAAGAUGAAGACAUUUAUAAAUUUACUAGUAUUUAUCCAUCAGCAGAUCAUAGAUCAAUGGCUUUAUCGGUGUAAGGAUCAAUGUUGUAUGUAUUGUUGUUUUUCACUCCAACUAUUCUAAAUAAUAAAAAGGUAACAAAAAAUAAUUAGAAUUUAGGCUAAAAUGAGAGAAAUUGUUGAUAAGCAUUUUUAUGAUUAAUGGGUUAUAUCUUUCUAUUUGGGUUACUAUGUUGAUUUAUCUGAAUAAUGGAAUCCAUAUCCUGCAGCAAGAGAAGCAAUAAAAAAUACAGUCACUUUUGAAUAUAUAUAAGAUUUGGGGGCAUUUUAUCAAUCUAAAUUAACAGAAUAGAUUAAUAAAGUUUAGGAAUUUCUUUAUGAAGGAUAGAUGACAUAAGAAUUCGUUUUGGAUAAGAUAUCAUCUUUAAUGAAUUGUGUUAGAGAAAGUAAUAUAGCAAUUAGAUGGAUUUUGCUUCAUUCUAAUACAAAUAUAUAGAAAGCAAGAGAAUUAUUAAAUAAAAUUGAUAAAUCGGAAGUUUUAUAAUUGCUUUUAUAGAGUUCCAAAUUCGAAAAUCGAUUAUUAAAAGCAAUCAAAGCUAUUAUUGAUAAUAAACAGUAGUAUUGGGAUGAAGAUAAAGUUAAAUGCGUUGAGAGAAUGCAAGAAUUAUCUGAUUACUUUUCUGGAAAGGCUUUAGGAAAGGUGAAAGCAGAUGAAUCAUAUAUGUAAUGGUUUACAGAAAUGGGAAACUAAAUCUAAUCUUUAAAUUAUAGUGAUAGUACUCAUGCAGGAAGAAAAAUACAAAGAUUAAUUUAAGCAUUAGAAGAUAUUGAAUAAUAUCCUCAAAUUUCAACUUCAAUAUAAGUGAAGCAUUACUUAAAUGAAACAAGGAAAGAUUUAACACAUAUGGUUAAAAUAGUUCAUAUAAAGAGUACUUUGCCUUCACAUAUUUCAUUUAUAGCAGAUUUUAGUUACUCAUGGUAAUGCUUAAAAGGAUAUAAAGAUUUAAUGUAAGCCAAAGUUUAAAGUAAUCCUCAUUCAGCAUUAAGUUUAAAAACUACAUUUUAGAAAUUAUCUUCAAUUUUAAAUACCCCUACUAUUCGUAUCAUUUAAGCUGGAAGUCCAGAUUUAAAUAGUGUUACUAAAUAUUAUUCUGGAGAACUAGUAAAAUUUGUUAAGGAAGUACUUCAAAUUAUUCCAAUUUAAAUUUUUGAGGUACUUUAAGAUAUCAUUACAUUAAUAACAUCAGUUUUAAAACCAUUACCUUCUAGAAUUAAUAAGAUAGAAUUGAAAGAUUAUGCUUAAUAUGAAGAUAGAACACAAAUUGCAAAAUUAACUAAUUCUAUUUCUGUCUUUACCGAAUCAAUUUUAACAGUUGAUCCAUAUUUGUUAGGAUCUAUUGAAGUAAAUCCUAGAGAUAUGCUUGAUCAAGGUAUUAGAAAGGAAUUGAUGGCGUUGAUUCAUAAAAUUCUUGAUUCAUAAUUAAUAUUCCCAAAAAAAGAUAUUUCAGAUUUCUAAUCUAAAUUAUCUAAAUUGGGUGAAGAAAUUAAUGGAUUUAAAUUAGCUAUGGAAUAAAUUUAAGAUUUUGUUAAUGCUUAAGGAUUAAAAAUGUUUACUGAAGAAUUUAAUAGAUUGAUAGAAUGUUAUACUUCAAUGGAACUUAAAGGUUUAAUUACUGGAAAUAAAGAAUUCGAAGAGUUGAGUUAUGAUGAAGAUAUCCCAAUGCCAGAUGAUAAAAGUAAAUAAUAUGGAGCUAUUAAUUUUAUUGGUAGAUUAUUAAAUUAAAUCAUAUCCAUAACUAAUCCUAGAGAAAUAGUAUUUGUAGAAUCAACACUUGGAUUUUAUGAUAGUAAUGGAAGAGAUGUAUUGAAUCUAAAAACUAUUGGAUUAAUACUAAAAUGUAUAGGAGUCAGUGGAUUAAAUGGAAUUGAUUUACUUAUUAGUCAACAUUUAUCAAAAACAGUCAAAGAUAUUGUCAAAAUACUAAAAACAGAAUUAACUCAGGAAAAUAGAAAUAUUAUUGAUACUUUAAUUAAAUAGGUGAGAUUAUUUACUAAUUAUGAUGAAAAUUAUGAUAAGGUUUAUAAAUAAUUAACUAAAUAGUUUAGAUCUCUUAUAUCUAAAAUAUUAUAUCCCCUCUAAUAAAUUGGAUAAUAUAUUAAUUUAAGAAAACUUAUUAGUUUGGUUCUUUAAAUGAAAGCUAAAGUAGGAUCAACUAAAUUAUUUUUAUGUCUAGAAACCCUUAAUAAUACUAUAAUAAACGAUUUCAUCAAUAGAUAGUAUGAUUCUACCAUGGAAUCAGAUGUUAAAACUCAAAUGGAAAACAAUUUGCUUUUUGAUCUUACAAAAUUAUUUAAUUAUGUAGGAUUAUCUGAUCCUAUUAGAAAAAUAUAUGCAUUAUGUGAAAUGCCUGAGUAAGGAUAUAUAAAAUAUAAUUAGACAUACUCCAUUAAUUUUAGCUUUGGUGAUAUUGCAUUAAUUACCUAUAAUAGACUUUGAUUAAAAACUAAAUUGUCUUAUAAAGAAAGCAAAAGAUAAUCAAUUAUAAUAUGAACCAAAUUGUUUAUUGAUAGGAAUAGUAGGAUUUUUGAAUUAAUUCAAUUAAUUGCAUUCAUCUUUAUUUGUUUCUUAUUUAGGGUAAAAGAGUUCUAUAAUAUAUUUAGAUUUUAUAUAAAAUCAACUAUAUUCUUUAUGUUACAAUCAAAAGAACUACAGAAAUAACCAGAAAUUCUUGGGGAUUUCUUCAUGUUAUUGACAGUAAUAGAAGAAAUUUUCAGAAUUAGAGAAGAAAAUUAUGAAGUAAAGAGUAUAAAUUAAUUAGAAUUUUAAAUAAUUAAUUCCUUUUGGAUUAUUCAACUAUUUAAAGAGAGAGAUGAUAAAAUGGUGAAAGAAUGGU